AAAAAUACCAAUUAUCGAUAAAAAAAAAAGAAUCGCGUCUUUUCAUUUCCCUCUUAAACAGGUGAUUGCGAGGACUUCAAAAGCUUUGACGGGAUACAUAAUCUCUCUUUGCAAACGGCAUGAUCUUUUGACAGCAGUAUAAUUCCAUGUUCUUCUAUUUGGCAUUGGAAGUACGAUACACUUUGCCGGAACUAAUACAGGUUGUUUUGUAUUCACAGCGUGAAUCGCGUAGAAUUCUUACCAUGUAACAUGCAGAAUAUCGUGUAUAGUGCAAAAUUAACACUACAACAUAUGAAUUGGGUUAUAGUAAGUAAUUCAACCUGCCAAUUGCAGUAGCCUACUACGCAAGGAACGUGCCCCAUCGCUACUGAAACAUGUUAGUUGUUGUAGCCUAACAUAACCUAGGGUACUAGAAUUAUGCGUAUAGCCUACCCUUAGACAUAGUUUUCAAGUGGUGUAUGAAGCUCUCUGGUAAAGUGCUUCAGUAAAUAGAUUGUUGCAUUGCUUAACAGCGUGUGCGAAGUCGCGCUCUUACAAAUGGGUCCUUGGCUGCGGAGAUCCUGUUGAUCUGUCAUUUUCCAGACCAGGAGGAUUUUGUUAACAUUUGACGCUGCCUAGUACUGAAAAGAUUUUUCCAACCUAGUCGUGGUGCGAAAAUUCGAAACAAUUGCGACCUUCCAAUGUAGGCUAGUUUUUUAGACGAUGGCCCUGCGGGUCAUUUUUUAAUAACCAAAAUAAUAAUCUACUGUCGUGUGACACAUGUGACGUCGACUGACACUCGGUGGAACCCCCCUCUCUCCUCGCCUUCGCUUUUUGUUCACUACCACCUCUGAGAGGGUUGUGAUUCGUAUGGACUAUAGCGGGAUUUAUGGUGGAUGCAUGCUUCUGUAUCAAUGUGCAUUGAUGUAGCAGAAAACGUGGCAGAGAUAAGAGCCCUUAUCUCAUCACCUGGUACCUUUGAUUGGGAUUCGGCAAAGAUUUCAUAGAAGAGACAGAGGGUAAACAAUCAAGGGAAUUUGAAUAUUGUCUUAAUCGGGAAUUACACAUCCAAACUGGGAUCUAUGAGCGGAAAAGUGGCGAAGCCUAAAGAAGAAAAGGAUGCUUCCAAGGUGAGGUCAGGCCGUGCCCUGUGAUGUCCCAUGCUAAUGGGCUAGCGGUAUGCGGUGCUAGCUGCUAAUGUGCGGUGGCUAAUGAUGGAUGGCGCGCUGCUCUCCCCCGCUGACGAGAGCGCUCCUGCACCCCACGCCAGCCUGCCGAUGGAGGUCCUCAUUAGCUCACCUCAGCUCAGCUCCACAGACGUUCUCCUCACAGACAGCAUAGUCCAGGAUGAUGCUGCCCCAGGUACGCAGGAGUACAUUAUGUUGCGGCAGGACUCCAUCCACUCCGCGGAUAUAAGGAGUAAAGGCUCGCCCUUUCGUGCUAAGUGUCACGAAAUCUUCUGCUGCCCGCUGAAGCAAGCCACCCUCAAAGAGAGCUCAGAGCCUGAAGAGCCCCAGUUGAAGGGGAUCGUCACAAAGCUGUACAGUCGACAGGGCUUCCAUCUGCAGCUGCAGGCAGAUGGGACCAUCGAUGGGACGAAAGAGGAGGACAACGGCUACACCGUGUUCAAUUAUCAUCCCCGCGGGCUGCGGGUGGUGGCCAUACAAGGUGUGCAGACCAAGCUGUACCUGGCCAUGAACAGUGAGGGCUUCCUGUACACAUCAGAACACUUCACUCCUGAGUGCAAGUUCAAGGAGUCUGUGUUUGAGAACUACUACGUGACGUACUCCUCUAUGAUCUACCGACAGCAGCAGUCAGGCCGGGGCUGGUACCUCGGCCUGAACAAGGAGGGCGAGAUCAUGAAAGGAAACCACGUGAAGAAGAAUAAACCCGCCGCCCACUUCCUCCCCAAGCCUUUGAAAGUGGCUAUGUACAGAGAGCCUUCCCUCCACGACCUGACUGAGUUCUCGCGCUCCGGCAGCGGCACGCCCACCAAGAGCCGGAGCGCCUCGGCCGUGCUCAACGGGGGCAAGGCGGUCAGCCAGAACGAGUCCACGUAGCCAGGGCAACCGCUGCCCACGACUACCACCACCACCUGCCACCACCGCCCCAUCUAGCAACUCCCACCCCCUGCGCCACGCCUUCCACCUGUACCUCCGGCCGCUCUGAGACUUCAACCCGACUUCUCUUCUUCUCAAACACGCUCUCGGUGGUGCAGGACAGCAGCAACACACAUAUACUCGACACUGUUAAGCUUUUUUGAGUUUCCUGUCACUCUGCGCCACCGUCACAGUAAGCUCAUUUAAAAAUGAUGACGUUAGGUAGUUGUAGAGUUUUUAAGAAAUGUACAAAACACAAAUGGGGCAUUUCUAAGUUUGGGUCACCACUGCAAACAACUCACCAAUGUUCUUUUUCCAUUUUUCAUUUCUCCAGUAGAGUCUGACAAAUUUAGACACACCUCUGCAUCGAUUUUUUUUUUAUUAUUAUUUUCUUAUGGUUUUAAUUGGGAUGCCGUAAGGGCAGUUUGUGGGGGGUGUAGCUGCUCGGUGCAGUGGUAAAGAAGCGCCCUUUCCCUGCCCUCUGUGUCCUUCGCGCUGCCCAAAGGACGAAGCCGCACCCGCGGUUUGACCCGCUGCGGUGUGUCGAGGCCAGCCGGCUAAUGGUAGCUCUCCCGCCUUUCCUAGUGCACUCGCUUAGAGACGCAGCGCUCGUCUCUAGCAUGGGAAUAUAAAAGCCUGCGCUCAGCCGACCUGAUGUGAAAAAGACGGGCAGCUCAGCUGAGCACCCUGAGUGUUGUUUUUUGUUUUGUGUCUCGUUUGUGUCUCUCUCUCAGGAGAGAGGGAGAGACCAUGGCUCUACAUUGCUUGCUAACUUUUUUUCAAAUUAGCGUUGAGCCUUUUUGUUUGUGUGUUUGCUUCCCCCUUUCCUGUU